AACAAUACCAGUCAUAAAGCUGCCUCUUUCUUCCAGCAAGUCUCUGUUGAAAAUAUUCAAUGUUUUAGAUAAAAGACAUGGCAGGAAAAACAAAACUUGCCAUCAAUGGGAGGAUGGCUGCGGCCAUUUCAGAUGGAGAGCUGCACAUCAAUGAGGUGGAAGGACGGGGAAGUGACCAGAGUUUGAACAGCAAUGUCAGUUUGCCCAGUGUUCAGGGGAGGACGUUCUGCUCUGAGAGGUCAGUGGCCAGCUGGGCAGUUUCCUUUGAACGGCUUCUGCAGGACCCUGUCGGUGUGCAGUACUUCACAGAGUUUUUAAAGAAGGAAUUCAGUGCUGAAAACAUAUUGUUUUGGCAAGCCUGUGAACGUUUCCAGAAGAUUCCAGAAGAUGACAUGGAACAGCUUUCACAGAUUGCUGGUGAGAUUUACAGCACAUACCUGUCCAGUAGCUCCCUCUGUCCUAUCAACAUUGACAGACAGGCGCAGCUGGAGGAAGAUAUCCUUAAUGACCCCUGGUCGGAUAUGUUUAAGGCACAACAGCUUCAGAUCUUUAACUUGAUGAAAUUUGACAGCUACACCCGGUUUGUGAAGUCCCCACUUUACCAGCAAUGUGUGCUGGCAGAAGUUGAGGGUAGACCUCUCCCUGGUAUGAUCUCACGGCAAGGAAGUCAGUUGUUUGAUCAAAAACCUGACCAGGAAAGCUCCAAGAAGCAGAAGCAGAAACUGAAGUCGGGGAAGUCUUUCAGUGGUGUUCGACAGGAAAACUACGAUAAAAAAGGAGGGAACUUAGAACCUAAGUUGUGGAAGAGCACAAGCAAACUAAACCGCAGAAAAGAGAAAGGAGACUCCUUGGGAGUGGAUUUUCCAGAGAGUAAUGGUCUCUCCCUGUCUCGCCGUGAAUCUCAGGGAUCUGUAUAUUCCACAGCCAGCAUGGAACUGGGCUACCUCAGUUUGGCUAAUUCCAGAAAUGAGAGUGAGAAGGUGAAUGCGGACACUGAAGUAGAACAGAAGGUGAAAUAUUGCUGUGUCUACCUCCCUGACAAGACUGCCUCCUUGGCGAUGGUUCAGCCUGGGUUGACCAUUCGAGAGUUACUAUCUGCGGUAUGCGAAAGGCAUGGGAUUCCUCUAGCUGCCACAAGUGUUUUUCUGGCUGGAAGUGAUAGGAAACCUCUUGUGCUGGAUCAAGAUAGCAUGAUCUUGUGUGACAAGGAAGUUCGGGUUGAGAAGAAAGUACUAUUUGAAUUGGAGCUUAUUCCUGCAAAUCGAAAACUUUGGGUGACCGCAAAACCUACCAAAACAGUAUCUGAAGCUCUGCAACCAUUUCUGAUGAAAUAUAACUUAAACGCCAAGGAUCUGGAGGCAAAGAUUAGUGGAGAGUCCCAGCCUCUGAAAAUGAACAGCAGUGUGUCCUGCCUGGAUAAUCAGAGAGUUAUCCUAGACAAAAUUAAGAAUACUGCACAGGGGAAAGUGAAUUCAACACAAUCAUCUGCAAACCUUCAGAAACAGCAGGAAUCUCCCAUAAAUGAAAACAAAUCCUCAGACAGACUCUCUGCGAACUUGAACUCGCUGUCCAAUAGAAGACACAGAGACAAGGGAACAUGUGAAGCAAAGAAGGAAAUAUAUCGUAAGACAUAUGAUGUAGAAGCAUUAUUUGAAAUGUUAUCAAAAGCACAAAGUUGCCGUGUCAAUGAUCAGCGUGGCCUCCUGAAGAAGGAAGACUUGGUGCUUCCAGACUUUCUGCAGCUUCCUGAAGAGAUGGCUGAGAUCUGCCUUCAGCCGCCUGAAUCAGAAGCAGGGGAAGAAAAAUGUGUUGCAGAUCUAACUCAACCUGAGGAAGGUGCAGCUGAGAGUGACCAAACCCUGGGUGUUUCGGGUGAGAAUCCACCUCCAAGAACAUCUGCUUCACAGGACAUACACCUGGGAGAUUCAACAGACACACAGACAAACUUCUAGUGAGAGAAGUGUGUGUGUGUGCAUGUGGCUAGCAAAAGUCAGUGCAAAGCAGGGCCGUCGUACACCAGGUGCCUGACCUCUGCCUAUUCCCUCUGUCAAUAGUGGGACAAUGGCUGUCAGACCAGGGGGACAAACAAUUAUUGCCACACCCCUCCCAGCCCCAUGUCACAAUGAGCUGCAUUGCUGAAGCCUUCAUCACCUUGCCAGGUGGAACUCCCAUUCAGGUUGUGAAUACCUCUUUUUAUGUACAGUUCUAUGUUUCUACAUUCAAGGCACUUUACCUCAUUCAAGCUGUGAGAGGAGAAUAGAGAAUACUGAAUCAAAGUACGCCAUACUUAAUGAAGGAUGCUUUGUUUCAUGACUUAAACAUCCAGCGGAUGGUAUUGAGAUUUUGGACUGGAAUAAGCUGGGCUCAGAGGACCGACCUGAUUUAUACAGAACUUCCAAACUUUUCACAGUAAAAGGAGUGCACAUUGUAGGGGAAGGUCAGCUUUUAGUACUGGGUACUGGGACCAAAAUGCAGACACUUGACUGAUAAUUCUAAACAUUCUAUGGAUCCCUUCAAAGUGACUUCAGUCAAGAUAUGUAUUUAUUGAAUAUCUAACUUGUUUACAUAUACUGUAUCAUUCACCAUUGUUGAGUCUUUGUGUACUUUUGGUUUGCAAACCAGUUAAUGACUGUGACUCUCAGGGAAUUGCACUUGUCCACUUCCAGGCCUGAGGUUAUGGUAGCUUGCAACACUGAUUGUUUGGGCAAUAAUAAAAUCAUGUCAUUUGUAGAGUUUUAAUGUUAUGUGCUACUGUGGUUCCUAGCCUGUUUGCGUCUAAAAUGCAAGAGAAUCCCUGUUGACAAAGAAGUCAUUUAAUUGCAGAUAUAAUCCAAAAAAUUUCCAAACCCUAAAGGAAUAUCAGCCUGUUGUAGGAUGAUUUCAGAUGGCUUCUUUUGAAAAAUUAUGCUACAUACUGAUCUGAAAGGGACACGUUUAUACUUUGAAUCAAUACUAACUUUCUUUUCAAUUCAUGGCCAGAUAGCAGAAUUUCAGUAAAUAUUAGUCUUGCAGAAACAGACUAUUGUGUCCAUCAUAUCAGUUAUCAGUUCUUCACAUGCAGUAGCUUUGCAUAUAAACUUAAGAAAUAACUUGAUUAUGUUCCUAGGCUUGGUAUAAGUAUGAGUUUUUAUGAAUAAUUUUGACAGAAUUGUUUCAGUCUUGAGUGGCUGUGUUAUACAGAGACUCGAGAUGCACAAUUCCCCAAAGAUAUUCUGGUAGGUUAACUUCCCACUAUAGGUUACUCCUUAGUUGUAAAGAAAUGACAGGUAUCAAAAAAUGAUAGGUUGAUGGGCAAGAGAGAGAGAAUAGUGUUCAGGGUUAUGGAUAGUGAGGAAGGGAAUGGACUUGGGGGAAUUGCUGUACUGGGAAAUGGCAUGAGCACAAUAUACUCAAUGGCCUUAAAUUAUAAUUAUUAAGGUAAUGAGUUGUUAAUAGGAUACUUUCAAAACCAGACAAUUUUUUUUGUUCAGGUAAUCAACAGAAUGGGGUUAGUGCAUGGAAAUAAAAGAUUAGCAAAAUUCUUACUGAUUGGCAGAAUUGACAUAAAAAGUUUGAACCCCCUCCAUCUAGUUUCUCUCUUUACAUUGUUAUGUUCUUAAUGGCAGAGUGUGACUUGAGCUAGGAAGGGUUAAGUUCAGCUAACUUCAGUUAGUUCCCUACUCACUUGAUCACAGUGUCCAAAUGAGUGCAGAAGGGGAAGAAGCAAAGAAGGUAAUGAAUUUCACAGAAUUAUUCUCUGUAAACUAAGAUAGUGGGGAGCAGCAUGGUUGUGAACAGUAAAUAUAAGUGGCUGGUUUGGUGUGUGUGCGUGUACGCGUGUGUGUGUUCGUGUUUGUGUCCACAUGUUUAUGCAUGUAUGUAUGAUCAUUGCCCAACUUUUCCAUUUUUCAAAGUCUUCAGAUUUACUUCAUUCAUUCCCAUGUUGCAGGCAUGACUAACAACACCAAUAUGCAGUAUGCUCUUCAUUGCUAAUUUCCCCAAAAAUGAAGGUGGAAUAUUAAAGUAUUUCUCCACUCAGUGGCCACUUUAUUAGGUACACCUGUGCAUCUGCAUGUUAAUGCAAAUAUAUAAUCAGCCAAUCAUGGGGCAAGAACUCAAUAAAAGCAUGCAAAUAUGGCCAAGAAGUAUAAUUGUUGUUCAGAUCAAACAUCAGAAUGGGGAAGAAAUGCGACUUAAGUAACGUUGACCAUGGAAUAAUUAUUGGUGCCAGACAGGGUGAUUUGAAUAUCUCAGAAGUUGCUGAUCUGGCAUUUUCACACACAACAGUCUCUAGAGUUUAAUUGUCCCGUGAUUAGCUUAGUCGUAUAUUUAAUACUUAAGCAAUAUGUGAGUAAUAUUGUACAUGUAUUGUUUGGUUAAGCAUUCUUGGUUGUUGCGUGGUGCUUUAUGGGUUGUCUGUAAAAGUAUGUGAAUAGCAUACGUCAUUAAACUGCCACAACAUAAGCCUUACUUAAAGUAAAAAAAAAUGAGACUAGGCAUGAGUUAUCCCUGGCCCACCUGUGUUUUUCUUUCGAUUAAUUCCUGGAGUUACAAAGCAUAUCAUUGGUGAUGAGUAAGUAUUAAAAUGAACCCGAGACAACUACCUACCUAUUGAAGUGCAGUGCAACAUUUGAGUUUUAAAGAAAAGAACAACACGCUUGUUUCUUCAGGAAGGGUAGGGAAAGGCAGUGGACUUAAAAGAAAAGCAGAAAAUGGACACAAUUCAGGGGUUCAAAGCAAUGACUGCUGGGUGAUAAUAAUCAUAAAUAAAAAUAAAGCCCAAAUGGUUGGCUACAUCGACACAUUCAAUUGUCCAAGAAGUAACUGGAUAUUGUACACUGAAUGAAUUGAACAGUAUAUUGAAGAAAAUAAAAUUACCAAUGAAAAGUGAGUACCAGUUUUGCUGAGUGCAUUGGGUGGAAAGGCUUACAGUUUGCUUAGAAGUUUAACUGCUUCAACCAAACCAGCCAAAAUGAACUUUGCUGCUAUUGUGAAAGUAAUGCCGGAACAUUGUUGAUUGCAGAAUAUUUUAGAUUUCAUAAGUGGAAUCAAAAAGAAGGGAAGUUCAUUUCAGCAUUUGUGGCUGAACUGAAGAGAUUGUCUGACCAUUGUCAGUUCAGUGAUUGGCUUAAUAAUGCACUGAGAGAUUGUUUAGUUUGUGGAAUCUUACAAAACACAUUCGAAAACAGCUCCUAAAUGAAGCAGAACUCACAGGUAAAAGAGCAGUCAAAACUGCUGUAUCAAUGGAAACAGCAGCAAGAGACACAAUUGAGUUGCAGUCAAGAAUGAAAGUGAACAUGAACAAAAUUGCAAUAUCCAAAAAGAAGCAUGCCUGGCCAAACAAAUUGUGUUACCAUUGUGGCUGGACCUCACAUACACAAGACCAAUGCAGGUUUAAAGAUGGAACUUGCAGAAAAUGCAAAUAAGUAGAACACAUAUAAAGAUUGUGUUGGGCAGACAAAAAUAAAUGUACUACACAGGGAAGAGAAAAAAUAAAAGGUCAAAUUGCAAUUUCAAAAAGAGCACUAAUCUGCAUGCUGCUGAUGAAAAGUCUAACAGUGAUGAGACUAACACAGGACUGAGUAGCCUUGAGAUUUACAAUGUGAAAACUAACAAUAAACAAGCAAUAUGGGUUUAUCAGGAUCACCAGAAGUGAAUGACAAAUUAGCUAAAAUAGAAUUGGACCCUGGCUUGGCUGUUUCAGUCAUUCCACAAAAUUAGUUUGAGCAGUAUUUCAAAGAGACUGACUUGAAGCCUGUGGAUUUCCACCUGAGAACUUGUACUGAGAAAAGAUAACCCUGUGGGUAUGACAUUCGUAACAGUGAAGUACAACAAGCCGUAAGCCGCAAUGGGCAUCUAUGUAGCCAGAACAGGAGAGCCAGCAUUGUGGGUUGUGAUCGGCUGAGACAACUACAAAUUGAUUGGAAAUCCAUCCACCAUUCACAUGCCACAUCCCCUGCAAUAACGUCAAAGGAAAACAAAUUAAGAAAGUACUGAAUGAUGCCACAGCAGUGUUCAGGGAUGGAAUUGGAAAACUCAAAACAUAUCAAGGAUAAAAUAGUAUUAAAUGAAAAUGCCGCAU